AUGAAGCUCCUAUCAACCCUGGUCGCGUCGUCUGCCGUAUGUGCAGCUAUCAACAUCCCAUCAUGGAGCGAUCUCGCUGGCGGUCAACAGCCGUUUGCAAGCACAGAGAAGUACCUUAUUGAGCUGUCGCCUACAGAGGCGAGAUGGGUUACGGAGGAAGAGAAAUGGCAGCUAUUGCGAGAAGGGCGCAAGUUCUUCGAUAUCACCGAUCACUCCCCUGCCCCUGAACUGGGUUUGCCGAUGGUAGCGAAGGCAGUGAAGUCGGUCACGUUCCCAAAGAAGAUCUCCCAGAACGAGACGGUGUCGAAGCUACUUGGGAAUUUGGACCAGAAGAAUAUGAGGGAGCAUCUGGAGACCUUUACUGCCUUCCACACCAGGUACUACAAGUCAGACUAUGGUAGGCAGAGCUCCGAGUGGCUAUUGGACCAGGUCAACAAGACUCUCGAUGGCGUCGGAUCCGUCCGCCACUUCAAGCACGAAUGGGGCCAGAACUCAAUCAUUGCGACGAUUCCUGGAAAGAGUAACAAGACGAUUGUGAUUGGAGCACACCAGGACUCCAUCAAUCUCUUCUUCCCAUCUUUCUUGGCAGCUCCGGGAGCAGAUGACGAUGGCUCAGGCACAGUGACUAUUCUUGAGGCUCUGCGUGUGAUUCUCCAGGAUAAGGACUUGGUAAAAGGCAAGGCCGAGAAUACACUUGAGUUCCAUUGGUAUUCAGCAGAGGAGGGUGGCCUGCUUGGAUCUCAAGCCAUUUUUAACUCUUAUGCCCGGGAGGGCCGAGAUGUGAAAGCAAUGCUACAGCAAGAUAUGACGGGCUACACCCACGGAACCGUUGAAGCUGGCGAGCCCGAAUCUGUCGGGGUCAUCACCGAUUUUGUUGAUCCAGGACUCACCGACUUCAUCAAGAAGGUCGUGACCGCCUACUGCACGAUACCAUACAUCGAGACGAAAUGUGGCUACGCUUGUUCUGACCACGCAUCUGCCAGCAAGGCCGGAUACCCAUCUGCUUUCGUUAUUGAGAGCGAUUUCAAGUACAGCGAUAAGAAAAUCCACACCACCGAGGACAAGAUCGAGUUCCUGGACUUUGAUCAUAUGCUUCAACAUGCUAAGCUGACGUUAGGCUUGGCAUACGAGCUGGCCUUUGCGAAGUUUGAUUAG